AGGAAAACCUGCCAGGGAAAUAUCGCUGUGAAAUCUUGUGAGAACUGGAAUCCUUCUUCAAACAGAAGACUCCCAGGGAAUCAUUUAUGAAUUAAGAGAAGUACUCCUUUCCUUAACCUAACUAACACAGCUAGCCAGGAAAACACCAUAACACUAGCAUGUCUGUAGGAUAUCGGCUCCUUUUGUGGAUCCUAAUCCAAACCUAUUUAUGACUAGGAUCUACUCGACUACGUUUAGGAUCACUGGUCGAAAAUAUGUUGACUCAGCAGUACCUAGAUGACUGCUUGUUCUGUGCCCAUAUAAACAAAUUUGGUCAAGAGCCAGAGUUAGUGGCAACCCCCUUAAGCCUGCCCGAUAUUUUAAAUCUCAAAGGUAGCUAUUCAGGGUUUGCUUACACCUUACAUGCAGACUCUCAGGCGCAGAUGUUUGGCCCACGACCUGGGGACCCUCAGUGGAUCCCUAAAGACAAUGCAGCUGUUGUGCCCGAGAUUGUAGGACAAGCAACAACUAUGCCCUACAAAGCUUCCCUGUGCUUUGGAAACUUCUACGGGUCAGGCCCGUACAUCGGGUCUUUAGAACCUGAGACGAACUGCGAUUACACCCUUUACUUUAACCUCACAGAUCGUGCCUUCACACCAGUUGCUGAGACAUCAGUAGGAGAAAAAGCCCAAUAUGAAGUCACACGACACAAUGUAUCUCUGACCUGGGGGAACAGUCAGAGCAGUGGAAGGGCUAGUUGGCAGGCUGAGAUCCUGAGCAUCCAAGAGUCGCCCAACUGCAGCCCUACGUGGGGAGUCGACAAGUGGUCUGGAACUCCUUGGGUCCUUCACAAUGAUCUCCCCAUGUAUAACCUGACUAAUUCCACUUCACAAAGAUUUCUCGUCCCUCUACUGGUCUACCGCAAUAUCCUAUGCCAGUUCAGCCACACCCACAUGGACAGGCCCGGCCUGUUUCCUAGUCUCUUGGACCAUCACCAGGACAACACAGACUUUGCUAUCUACCAUCCACUGUGCAUGGAUGAUUAUGUCCGAGAUAACAGACCUGCGUGGACAUUCCAUGCAAAAUGGAAACCCACUCUACAUCCUGCUCAGUUUGGAAUGUCAACCAAAGAGCCUUUCAUUGUAGCGCAUGGUUAUACUGGUGCCGUCACGCUUAAGGGCACAGGCCAUUAUUUCCUGUGUGGGGCCAAUCUUUUCAUGACUCUACCUGCCAGCUGGCGGGGUCUCUGUACAGUUGUCCAGACCUCGAUUCAGCCACCAGGUUGCAGAUGCUACUAGGAUCCAUCCUGACUUCCCUGGGCAGACGACCUCAUCCAUGUGUCCUGGAACCUCAUCUCUUCAAAGCCCUGCCCCACUAGGGACAGACAGACACAGGCUGGGGGUGUGGAUCGACCUGCCAACGUCCAUGUCCAGCAGAGAAGCAGUUACAGAAGCCAGAACUCCCACCUUCUGCUCCCCAUAAAGAAUUCUGGUCCACACUCCCAGAGGGGUAAAGAACAGGGAAGCUUUCAAUGGAGGGGCUGGGACAGGGAACUCUGGGGGUGGGAACUGUGUGGAAUUGUGCCCCUGGGAUCCCACCAUCUUCUUCAUCAUUAUCAAAUCACUAAUAAGAAUGAAAAAAGAGAAAUGUUUCCAUUUCUAUGCAUGCAUCUAUUCCAGUAACCCUGGAAACUCAACAAAUAACCUUAGACUCUUCUGGGCACGUGAUCCCUCAGAGUUACAGAUCCUAAGCAUUGUGACAGUAAGAGUGUGUUGAACUAUGUACCCUGUUAGGAGAGAGAAGUUGCAUUUAUAACGAAACUUAAAAAAU